CAGCCUUGCAACCCGGUGAAGCUCUGCAGGCCUUUGGUGACGCCAGCAUCCGAGGUCAUCAAAAACUCAAAUAAGGGAAGCCAAAGAAAUGUGUCAAGAAGGCUUGUCCAGACUGGCUCUGAGCAGCACCAGUAAACAGUCCGAGUGCUCGGUGGGAGAGAGGAGGACUCUAGCGGGAGGCCCGGAACUUGUGGACUCCACACUGGGGUCUCGAAGGCAUCUAAGCAGCAGCCUACAGAAAGAAUCCCCCCAGCAUCGGAGUGAAGACCUGGCUGAAGAGGCAGCGCCUCAGAACUGCCUCCUGAGGGAAGUGGAAGGCAUAGCACAGAGGCUGGAGACCUCCCUGGAGGAGAUCCGAAGGGUAGCCACAGAGCCACGAGAGGAGGAGAAAGCACAGAGAAAGCUAGGUGAUGCACUCGAAAAUGCCCGGCUGGAAAUUGAAAGAUUGAAAGAUAAUCUGAUAAAACUGAAAGAAAGUGGUACAGCUGACUUGCAGAAAGCAAAGGAACAUAACCAGAGGCUGGACGAGGAAAUUCUGGCUUUAAGAAACCGGGUUCGAUCGCUUGACUCCGAGAAAAAGGUGCUUGGAGAAAUGGUGGUCACUUGCUUCACCUCUUGA